UUUCUCAAUGCAUUCGAUAUCUUGACUGCCUGGACAACAGGCGACCCUGUCCAUCACGUAAUUACUCGAGAUGGCUAAGAAUCUCCAUUUUUCAAAAUCAUCCAUUCUUUUCCUCGCAAUUCAUGUGUUCCUCGUAAUUCUCUCAGGAAGUUUUACGCAUGCAUCCCAUUUUUCUAAAUCCAUCCAAGGCCUAGGGGGAUCCCUCAAGGGCCAGAGCGUGGCAGGCUUAAAUGAGGUCAAGCGUUACCUGAAUAGGUUCGGAUACUUGGGAUACGAAACUGCAGACAAACAUAGCGUCGAUGAUGAUGAGUUCGACGAGGGCUUGGAGUCGGCUCUUAAAAUGUACCAGAAAUAUUACAAUUUGAAGGUUACAGGAAGACUUGACUCCGAUACCAUCAAACAAAUGAAUGUCCCACGAUGUGGAGAACCUGAUACAUUAAUCAAUGGUGAUCUGCAUGUCUUACGUCCACAAUAUGCAUUUUUUAAGAACAAUGCUAAAUGGCCACCUUCUAAGCGCCAUCUCACGUAUACCUUCAACUCCACCGCCAAAGCCGUUCGCAUGGAAAUCUUAAACGCAACUUGCUACUAUGCUUUCAAAAGAUGGGAGGCCGUAACUAAUUUCAGGUUUCAAGAGGCACCUCAAGGUACAAAGUCUGACCUAGUUAUUGGGUUCCAUCGAGGUGAUCAUGGGGACGCGGCCCCAUUUGAUGGGCCUGGUGGAGUUUUAGCUCAUGCUUUUUCUCCCACGAUUGGUCAACUUCAUUAUGAUGCAGAUGAGAAAUGGAGUCUUAGCCCUAAGCUAACUAUAAACCAAACGGACAUCGUGUGGGUCGCAAUGCACGAGAUAGGGCACCUUCUUGGACUUAACCACACUCAGGUUCAGGAUGCCAUUAUGUUUGCUUAUGUUGCAAACGGAGUUACUCGAAGAAGUUUGCACCCAGAUGAUAUAAGGGGCAUACGUGCUUUAUAUGCUAAUUGAUGAAUAUUAAGUCAAUGUAUGUAAGGCAAGAAUGACUUGUUUUGUAAGGCUCAUUAAGCAACAUAAAGUUGAUUUGUUUGAUGCGUGAAUUCGAUUAAGAGUUGUGCUACAUGUAUUUAUAAUUUUAUUUUACGCACAACAUUAUACAUAUUGAGUAAAAGACUUAUUUUAUCAGUUUUUUUAAUUCAAAUUUUUAAUUUCAUAAUUUUCAGUAUGUAUAUCAAUAGUUGACAUUAACAAGUAAUAUUGUUAUCAUGUAAGUAAAAAUUAUAAGUAUAAAUAGU